AUAGGUCAGAACACAUCAAUAACACAAUAAAGCACGCAUGUGGUUCUCACGAGUGUUUCGAAACUACAUAAAUUCUGCCUAUUAGCUUCAAUCUGCUUCAUUAUAUUCAUUCAUUCCCAUUCCAAGAAACUAAGCCACUCUCAUAUCGCAGCAGCCAUGGAGUCUUCCCAUGUCUACGGAGGGUCAGAAGAAUGCCACAGCAAUGAAUCCGGUUGGACAAUGUACAUUGGGUCUCCCACCACCGAUGACUACGAAGAAGACAACCUCAACAGCAACAACGUUAAUGGAGAUUCCUAUGAAGAAGAAGAAGAAAACAGCGACGAUUCCAUGGCUUCUGAUGCCUCGUCUGGGCCCAGUCACUGGUGGGUUAAUGGAAAGAUUCAUUCCAAGAACGACAAAGAUUCCAUCGUGAUGAUGAGGGGCAAAAAUGGAAAUUCUGACCCAAAAUACAACAACCCCUCGUCAUCACUGAAGAUGAAGAAGAAGAAGAAUGGAGGAGGAGAAAAGGAAGAAGAGUCGUCUGUGGAUAGCCCAAAAGGAGCCCAGAAAGCUGCUGCGAAAUCCCACAAGGAGAGGAGAAGCUGCGGCUUUUGGAAGGGCAAAACAGGAAAGUGAUGAAACAUUAUUAUUAUUGUCAACACUUAAUUAGCUUCAACUUAUUAUUAUUCCUUAAAUUAUCUUAAUUAGUAUUAGUUAGUGCAUGGUAGAAUAUUCCAGCUAGCUAGCAGCAGGAAUUGAAGAGGCUUGGAAUGAAUGUCUGCAGACCAUAUAAGUUUUGGCCAUGUAAUAUGUCUAUCAUAUCAUUAGAUAUAUAUAUUAUAUUAUAUUGUAAGAGGGGUAUGAUGAUGAUGAUGAUGAUAGAUGAUGAAGACAUGUAAUAUAUAUGCAUCACACUACA